UUUGACUCAUCCACCCAAAACAGUCCCACUCCUCGCCAGCCGGCUUGUGAACGACUCCGGAAACGACGUCACCUUUCUGUUUACAUCGUAGGAGUCGCAGUUAGCUAAUGCUUGUUGCAUGGAAUCGUAUUUUUAGACAUUCAUGAAACUACAAAAAUAGCUGCCUCACAAUUGUUUGAUCGCAAUGGGCGGUCAUGGGGUGAUGGAGAGCGAGGAAUCUUUGGACUACUCCGUGCACGAGGCGUGGAACGAGGCCACCAAUGUCUAUUUGCUCGUCAUCCUGGUUAGCUUCGGACUGCUGAUGUACGCUAGAAAAAAUAAGAGGAAGAUCAUGAGGAUAUUUGCUCUGCCGCCUACCGCUGGAGCCACGACCGAACCCAACUUCUACGACAGUCUGCAGAAAGUGAGACUGCGCCAGCAGCUGGAGAUGUACUCCCUUGCUAGGAAAUUUGACCAGCAGCAGCACCAAGGCCAGAGUGAGAGUGUUCAGCUCUCUAUGGAAUGAGACCACGCCAGUAAGGUAGCAUGGCCCUUCAUCAUACCUGCCUGCUCCACCCUGUCUCUCCACCCUUAAGCCUCUUUGGCUUUGGUAAGUCUGAACAUUACUACACUCCUGAAGAGGGCAUGCGUAUUACGGAGGAAGAAGUCGAGGGUCAAGGAAGGUUUCUGUGAUUAAGACUGUCGUCAAGUCAAACGAAACUGGAUGUUCCCUUUUCAUUUCUGUUAUUUUUUUGCAUUCAUUUAGCCUUUUUAUAUAUAUAUAUAAACAUUGUUUUGGUGUGGAUGUGUCGCCACAUAGUGGGUUUAGGAGGACCACAUCCAGUGUAUUUGGUGAAUUCUCUACAGCACCUAUUCAAGUUAUUGUCUUAAACUCUAAAUAACAUGUAUUUGUACCAUAAAAUGAUGGUACAACAAACCUUUUAAUCAAGCAUAUCAAUGUAAAUGUUUGGUUGUCAAGAAUUGUUCUGUUGCCAAGUUUUUGAUCCUCCUAUAUAAUCCUUAUAAUGGCAUUACAACAGACCUGGGAAAGUUUUGCUGAUCCUUUGCAGCAAGGAGCAUUGUGAUCCAAACGGAGAGUCGCUCUCUUUCAUGUUGAGAGGGUCAAAGUUGACUUUUCCCCACUCCAAGUUGCUGUUUCUGAAAAGGAAAUGCAUUUAUAUUAUUACUCUGAUUAAAAAAAAAAAAAAUGUUUAAACCAAG